CUUUCGGAGGAUGAAGUAAUUCAGCUCAUGAGGGAAGUGGAGCUUCUCAAGAGACUCUCUCAUCCAGCAUAGUCAAGUAUGAAGGCAUGGUGAGGGAUAAAGAACAUCUGAGUAUUGUGUUGGAGUAUGUAGAAAACGGAUCCCUGGGCCAAACUCUCAGAGCCUUUGGAAAGUUGAAUGAGAGGCUUGUUGCGAGCUAUGUUGUGAAGAUCUUGGAGGGUCUUCAUUACCUCCAUACCUCGAAGGUUGUGCAUUGCGACCUCAAGGCUGCCAACAUCCUGACAACAAAGAACGGGAAUGUUAAGUUGUCAGACUUUGGAGUUUCUCUCAACUUGCAUGCAAUGGAGAACACCAGAAACGACGCGGCUGGGACUCCCAACUGGAUGAGCGUAGUGGCGCCAGAAGUUAUCGAAUUGAAAGGCGCGUCACCGGCCUCCGACAUAUGGUCACUUGGAUGUACGAUCAUUGAGCUUAUAACUGGCAAGCCGCCUUACGCGGAAAUUCAGAACGGGCUCUCUGUAAUGUUUCGUAUUGUUGAGGACCGCAGUCCUCAGCCCCCACCAGGGUGCUCGGACGAUUUAAAGGAUUUCCUCCAAAGGUGCUUUGACAAAGACCCACAUAGGCGACCCGAUGCCGUGAAUCUGUUUGAGCAUCCGUGGCUCAAGAGCAGCUGGGGAGAACAUAAAGUACGCCAUUUUUUUCGUAUGAACAAAUCUCCUGAACAUCCUCCAGGAGUUGCGACCCCAAGACAGUCUGCCAUUUCUCAGGCGCGUAAGCGUGGAUGUUCAGCGAGGCUCUUUAGCACAUCAGAGACCAUUCCCCUCAAGUGAAGCGUCUAACGCGGUGCGGGAUGAGUCUAAAUUCGACGAACCUUCUCUAAUUGAACCAGCGAAGAUGCAUGCAUUUGUUCGUACAUCCUUUGUCGAUGCCAUUGAUUGUCGUGUUUGUUGCACACCA